UAUUUGAAAUACUGCAUCUUUAUUUUAAAUGCAUUGGAAAAGUUUAUGAAAGUAGUUUAAUUUAUAUCUUUUCUUUAUAUUAUAUUUAUAACUUUAUAUAACAUCUGGUGGCAUUAAAUGUGAAAAUCUAACAAAUCAAUCGCAGCGUUAUGACUAACGGCCGAUGUAUAAACUAGACCUCUGGAACCUUUUUUAAUUUAUUUAUUAUUAUUACAAUAUUAUUAUUACAAUAUCUUUUCAUUAUUCAUUAUUAUUAUUAUAAUAUUUUAUUAUAUACAUAUAAACAUCUACUUAUGCUUAAUAUUACUUAGGAUAUAUUGCUUUAUAUACAUAUACGUACAUACAUAUAAAACGCAAAGUAUUUUUAUGUUUGUUCGCUUAUAACUUAAGAGCUACUGAAUCAAUUUAGAUUGUGUUUGAAUCAUUUGAUACAGAAUGUGAUUUAAAAAAUUUAGAAUGAAUAAGUUACACAUUCAUUGGCGACGCAACGGUGAGGGAUAGCCCGAACAGACCGAUCGUCAUUCUUCGGCUGUACUCGGAAUAGGUUCGAGUGUUGUAUGCGAUAGUAGGGAACAUGAGACACGUCUUACGUCUUAUAUCUUGCAAUUAGGAUAAAAAUAAUCACACUCGUAUUUUCACCGGAACGGGCAUUCAUAAUAAUUUUUAUUAAAAUACAUAAUUCUUAUGCUUCUUUAUGUAUUAUAUAUAUAAACAAGGCCCAAGGACAAACAUUAAAAUACUCAGCUGUAGAUUCACGGUACAAACGUUUCUCUCGCGGCCAACUCUAAGAAGCCUGUUCAUGAUUCAAUAAUGUGAAUAAUCUGACGCUAUUACUUAAAGACAACACGACACAAAAGAUUGUAUAUAAAGAAAUAUUUUAAUAUGAUUAUUAAAUACAUAAUUUCCUUUAAAUAAUGUUUAUCUAUUUUCUUUUCGUUUUGACUUAUUCUUUGCAAUAUUAACAUCUAUCUAAAAAUUCAGUUACUAAAGACAUAUACCUGGACAAGGACAGAUAUAUUUGUAUUAUAAUAUAUAUAAUACAAUAAAAAUAUAUAUAUAUGAUAUCUCUCUGACAAUAUUAUAAUAUAGCUUUAUUUGUUUAAUUUACAAACAUUACUUUUAUGAAAUUAAUUAUUUAAUUCAAUUUAAUUUAAUAUAACAUUAUAAUAAUAUUUAUAAUAAAAGUGUGUAGUAUUUAAUACGAGCAAAAUAUAAUUGAUCAAUUACAAAGUAGUGAUUGUAUAUCUACUGAUACUAAUCAUAAAUCGAGUGUUGUAAAAUUCCUGGUUAAUUAUUCAAUAUCAACUGACACGCAAGUGAAACUAUUGACAAGUUUAAUGCGCUAAUGUAACAUAAUGCGGAUUAUGAUUUCAAUCUAUUUAGUUGAAACUUUCACCGCGAAGAAACAUAAUCAUGAAGUUGUUCUGCCCUUCUAAUAUUUACCAAGAAUCUUGGUUACUAUUGAGUAUAACAAAAUUAUUAGGUUUAUAUCCUAUCAAAUUUUUCAGAAUUGCAUUUCCAAAUUAUUUAUAUGUAUCUAUAUUAGUGGCGCUUUAUUGGUUUUGUCAUUGGCAGUUUUUAUAUUAUAUAUUUGACAUGUUUGAUAAAUUUCGUUCUAUAAAUGACACGUUCUUACUUAGAUAUGUUCGAGUUUACUUAAAUAUACUUUCGUAUCCUAUAAUAAUAAUUUCAAGUAUGUACAAAUGCUCAAAAGUAAAAGAAGUAUUCGAACUGUUAGAUACCGUUGACGAAAGCGCAAUGUUCUUAAAUAUAGAGAUCGAUCAUUCUUUAUGUAUGAAAAAUGAUAUUGUUAGAAUAACUACUGCGAUAUUUGUAGUACUAACUUGUAAUUUAAUGGAUUACUAUGGGUUAUUGGAUAACGAUUCAGACUUUAUAUAUCUUCUUAUAUGGGUAAUUGAUAGAUUACCCGAUUUUGUUUGUGUAAUAGUAAUAUGUUCUUUUACUGUAUUUAUGUAUAAAAUUGAGAUUAGAUUUAUGCAAAUAAAUACGAUAUUAAAUAUUAUUACAAAAGGAAAACAUUUCAUUUCUAUCUCUGAGAUGUCCGAUAUGAACAAUGUUUCCAGAUAUAGAUUAUUAAAAUGGCUUCGAUUCGAAUUACACAAAACAAUGUUACUUUUAAAUGAAGCAUAUAGUUUUCGAUUCAAACUCAUGACAAUAAUAUAUAUUGGAUAUAUAUGUCUACAUGUGUGUAUCAUCUAUAACCAUACUUUUAACACAUUUUAUGCACCUGAUGUAAUACUGAGUUUUACAUGGAGUACCACUGAUUUAAUCAAACUCGUCUACUUAAUUCAUUUAUAUGGCAAUCUAACACUAGAGCAUAAUUAAAGGAAUAGAUAAAUAAAAAUAUUUAUUAAACUUUAUCCUCGAAUAAAUUUCAAAUAUUUUAUAAGAACAGUAAUCUUAACAAUUUUUUAAAUUCAUGCGCUUGUAUAGAUACCAACUGAUUAACAAUAAAGUUACAAAGCGCACCAUCUUUUAUUAAAGAAGUGAAAAUAU